GUCGGCGCCGGUAUGGUGCGGUCGCAGCCGGACUCAGAUAGUAUAUAUAGAGGAAGCUCACUCCCGUCAAACCAUCAACUUAUCUUCGGACAAGUCUUCCUCUACACACACAAUCAUCAUGUCUUCUGAAAAGAUCCUCGUUGGUGAGUACCUCUUCCAACGUUUGCUCCAAUUGGGCAUCAAGUCUAUUCUUGGUGUUCCUGGUGACUUCAACUUGGCUCUUCUUGACCUCAUCGACAAGGUCGGUGAUGAGACCUUCCGCUGGGUUGGUAACGCCAACGAGUUGAACGGUGCUUACGCCGCUGAUGGUUAUGCCCGUGUUAAGGGUAUCUCUGCCAUUAUCACCACCUUCGGUGUUGGUGAGCUUUCCGCUCUUAACGGUAUUGCUGGUUGCAUGUCUGAGCGCAUCCCCGUUGUUCACAUCGUUGGUGUUCCUUCCACCAAGAACCAGGCCGUCAAGCCCCUUCUUCACCACACCUUGGGUGACGGUGACUUCAAGGUCUUCGAGCGCAUGUCCGCUGAGAUCUCUGCUGAGGUCCAAUUCCUCGACUCUGCUGAGACCGCUCCCCAAAAGAUUGACCACAUCUUGGAGACUUGCUGGCGCGAGAAGAAGCCCGUCUACCUUGCCAUUCCCUCCGACUCCGGCUACUUCAGCUGUGAUGCCUCUGGCUUGAAGACCCCUCUCAACUUGAGCUACCCCGAGAACUGCCCCGUUGCUGAGGCCGAGGCUCUUAAGGAGAUCGUCAGCCGCAUCAACAGCGCCAAGAAGACUGCCAUCCUUGUCGAUGCCUGCGUUUCCCGCUUCGACGCCAAGGAGGAGACCCAAGCUUUGGUCGAUGCCACCCACUUCCCUACCUAUGUCACCCCCAUGGGUAAGACCGCCAUCAACGAGUCUUCCCCCUACUUCGAUGGUGUCUACGUCGGUUCUCUUACUGAGACCGAUGUCAAGGAGCGUCUCGAGUCUGCUGACCUCUUGUUGAACGUUGGUGCCCUUCGCUCUGACUUCAACACUGGUACCUUCACUUACGGUACUCCCGUCACCAACACCAUUGAGCUCCACUCCACCUGGACUCAAAUUGGUACUGCCAAGUACGAGAACGUUGGCAUGAAGGCCCUUCUCCCCAAGAUCAUUGCUGCUCUUGACCUCAAGGCCGUUCAAGCCAAGGCUGCCCCCGUCAACUUCAAGGUCCCCACCCCUACUGCUGCCGAGGGUUACCCUGCCGGCACCAUCACCCAAAAGUGGUUCUGGCCCACUCUCUCUACCUUCCUCAAGGACUCCGAUGUCGUUGUCACUGAGACUGGUACCUCCAACUUCGGUUCCCUCGACUGCCGUAUGCCCAAGAACGCUACUCACCUCUCUCAAGUUCUCUGGGGUGCCAUCGGUUGGUCCGUCGGUGCCUUGUUCGGUGCUUGCUUGGCCGUUAAGGACUCUGACAAGCCCGACCGCCGUACUGUCUUGAUCGUCGGUGACGGUUCCCUUGCCUUGACUGUCCAAGAGAUCUCCACUUGCAUCCGUCAAGGUCUCAAGCCCAUCAUCUUCGUUAUCAACAACAACGGUUACACCAUUGAGCGUCUUAUCCACGGUCUUCACGCCGUCUACAACGACAUCAACACUGAGUGGAACUACCAAAACCUCCUCAAGGACUACGGUGCCAAGGACUCCCGCUCCUACAACAUCCACACCGAGAAGGAGUUGGUCGAGCUCUUCCAAAACAAGGAGUUCGCUGCUGCUGAUGUCAUCCAAUUGGUUGAGGUUCACAUGCCCCUUCUUGACGCCCCUCGCGUCUUGGUCGAGCAAGCUAAGCUCACUGCUGCCAUCAACAAGCGUGUUUAAAUUUUUGGCAUGAAUAUUAUAGACUAGUCUAAAUGAGAAGUUCACUUGAUGAAUUAAUUUUUGUGUUGACAGCUAGGGUGUUUACGAGUGGUUGUUGUAUUCUCAUU